UAAACGACAUAAAAAAUAACCCAAUUACUUUAUUUGUUUUGGGCAAAGUCUACUGUUUUGUAUUGUUGCAAAAAAUCGGAUUUAUUUGUACGUUAUACACGUUAUUAGAAUUUAAACUUUGGUGAUGAGAGCCUAAUAUGGAUAUAAUAAUUCAAGUUAAUAAUCAGUCGAAUGGGAGAGAUAAAUUGGCGAGGCUAGCACAAUAUACAAGUCGGUUGAUAUGGCAUCAAUUAGAAUCAAAUCAUGCAAACAAAUAUUCCGUGGAUCGAAUAAAAAAUUUGGAACUUACACUGAGCACAUUCAGAAAAAUACUGAGGUUGGGACGAUGUGUGGAUAUUUGCUAUUCUGCAUUGAACAGUAUGAACAUAGAUGAUCCAUUCCUAAGGUUGGCGAUAACUACAAGCAAAUUGGCACAUUCGCUGUUCCUUUAUGCAGACCACAUAGUCUGGUUUACAAAAAGUGGAUUUUUGAAGACAGAUUCAGACAAAUGGAAUCGUACAGCAAACAAGUUCUGGCUGUUAUCAAUUAUUGCAAAUCUCGCUAGAGAUUUCUAUGAGAUAUUGCACAUUUUAGAGUUGAACAAAACCACUUUGUUAAAGCCUUCUAGCCUGUUGAAUGGCUCGGUAAAUAAUUUGGAUUUUACUGGCAGUGCCAGGCAUUUGUAUAUGUUUGUAAAUUGUCACAAAGAUAUUUUCAUUGAUACUGUUAAGAAUUCCUGUGAUUUGUUCAUUCCUCUGACUGCUUUAGGGUUUACUAAGCUGAGUCCUAGUGCAGUGGGCACACUUGGGGCUAUUUCUUCUCUAGCAGCACUAAUAACUAUUGUAAAGCCUAUAACUAAGUUGGUGCCUGCAUAAGAAUGCUUAUCUAUUUACUUCAGACACUUAUUAAUUGUUACACUACUCAUGACUACAUUAUAGUCUUCUACUGGCAAAAUGGUGAUGGUUUUUACUAUUAUACUUAGUGAUAAAUCAUUAAAACGAAAUGCAAAUCAACUUUACAUCCUUAGCAGAAGGAUGAUUUUGUUUCAGACAGUUUUACUGCUAUAAAUGCUUCUUUUAUAACUUAUCUGAUAAGUUUUAUUAU